AGAGGAGAGAGGGGAGAGGGGAGAGAGAGAGAGCGAGCGAGAGAGAGAGAGAGAGAGAGAGCGCUCAUCAAGAGCGUGAGAGGAUCAUCGUGUCGAGGCGCGAUCGGGGUUCCAUCUCAGUGAUCCAUCCCUCGUCGAUUAAUCUUUGGAACUCAAUCCGUCUUCCAUUGUCAACUCUGCGAUUCCUUCUUCUUCUGUUUGGCUCACGACGCCCCGCAGCUCUUCCUCUCUUGCAAAUUUUGAUCGAUUUCGGUUUCCCUUUUGUUUUUAUUUUAUCGAUCGAGUUUUCGAAACCCUAGCUAUGAUGUCCGCGGCUGCUAAUCACGCUCCUGUCAAUACCCGCGCCGGAGGCGAAGACCUAGCGGCGCGUGUUGUCGCGCCGCCGCCGCAGCAGUGGAAUCAGGUUGUUCGGGGGGAUGAAUCUGAGCCGAUCGUUUCGUCCGUUGCGGCUGCGUCGGCGGUUGGUCUGGGGAAAAUCAACUGUUCUCCUUCUGAGGGGUCUUUUUCGAAGCUGGCGGCGGCGGCGGUUUCCGAUUCGUCGACAUCGUCGGUGCAAGAUGAUUGCGCUGUAGAGGCGCAGCGAGAGUGCUCGGGUAAUGGUAAUGGUAGUGGCAAUGGCAAUGCGGGUAAGAAGCCGGCUUGGAACAAGCCUUCCAACGACGCUAUAGAGGUCGGGCCAGUUAUGGGGGCCGUUUCUUGGCCCGCUCUCUCCGAGUCCACCAAGACUGGUCAGAAACCGUCUUCGUCUGAAUCAUUGAAAGCCCUCUCGGAUGGAUCGGUCUCGGUAUCCCAGAAACAGGUAGUCACUAAUAGCUCAAACCUUACUUUGAGUCCAAUUCAUCCGACAACCACAAGCCAAAAAUAUGUGAAGAGUGAUGGUGCGAGUUCAAGUGGAAGUGCAUCUGCCAAUGGUGGGCUCCCGCAGCAACCUCCAUCGGUGGCUACGGUAGUGGAAAGAUCUUCCAAUAUUACUGGGAAACCUGGGUCUGGUGUUCCUGACUCAUCUUCAAGAGACCAUGCACACAGGGAAAGUGGAAGAAGAGGAGCAUUUGGGUCACAUUCUCAGAGUGGGAAUCAUCAUGCACAGCAACGCAAUUCAUCUAGGAGGGGCAAUGGGAGUCCACAUCUUCACAAUGAUGGUUCUUUUCAUCAGAAUUAUGGGGCCAGGCGGUACCAGGACCACUGGAAUCAUGAUUGGAACUCUAGUCAUAGUUUCAAUGGCAGAGAUGCUCGUAUACAGCCUCAGAGAGUUGUUAAUAGGGGUUUUACGCGAACCUCUCCACGUAAUACUGCUUCAUUUAUUCCUCCACCUGUGUCUAUACAACCUUUUAGCAACCACAUGGUUUACCCUGAUAUUGCAUCCCAGGUGAUCUAUGUUCAAGCUCCCCUUCCACCUCCACCUCCACCUCCUGAGUCCCACGGAGGUGUGGCUUUUAUCCCACCAAUACCACCUCAGGCCAUGUAUUUUCCCAUGCCAGAUCCACAGUUGAAAAAUAAGAUAGUGAAUCAGAUAAAUUAUUAUUUCAGCAAUGAGAAUUUAGUUAAAGAUACAUACUUGCGGCUGAAGAUGGAUGAACAGGGCUGGGUUCCCAUUAAAACAAUUGCAGACUUCAGAAAAGUUAAGGAUUUGACAAACAACAUCCAGCUUAUAUUGGAUGCUUUGCGCACUUCAAAUGUGGUGGAAGUGAAGGGUGAUAAAAUAAGAAAGCUUAAUGAUUGGAGGAGAUGGAUCAUGCCAUUGCCACCCGUUCAGAUAUCUUCUCCAUCUGCAGGACGGCCGGGUGAUGACACGCUGGCGACCAGCAUCCAGAGUAUGUCACUCCAGUAGAAGAGAAACAACCAUCAGGGUCAGGCCGAGGCAUUCCCAAAUAAAUGAGACUCAACGCCACACAGGAUGUCUUUGACCUUGCCAUGGUACGAUGAUGAAAUGUCAAAAAAUAGAAAAAAAAAUUAUAUAUAUAUAUAUAUAUAUAUAUUAAGAGAAAAACGCACCUAAAGGAAUAACGGGAACAUAGGAUAAAACAAGAGUUUUUUUUUUUUUUUUCUCUUUAAUUUUUUAUGACUUGACAUAUAUUAGUUGUAGUGUUAGCAGCAGCAGCAGCAAGAGUUUAUUGGGAAUUGGGAUAUGUGUGAUUUUGGCAGGCACUGUCUUAUUUCGACGUUACUAGUUUCCUUAUUAACCUUUCCUUCGUUGGGGAAAUUUUGCUACUGCUCCCCAUAUGCCUGCCUGCUUGCUUCUGCACUGUUAUUUAUUAUAUAUGCAUAUAUAUAUAUA